AUAUUUUCCUAAAGGAUAUUUUCUUGUUUGUUGUUGUUGGCCAAAGCAACUUGCGAUUCUUCUUAACGUUAUCAAAUUUUUGUUGCAACUCUUUGCUUGUGAACCUUGAUUAUAUCAUUAUUUCAACAAACUACCGAUUACCAACAGUUAUUUUGUGUCUUUGUUAAUUAUCAUCAGUAUCAUUUGGUUCCAUUCUGACUGUCUUCAGUUUUGAUUACAUUUUUCUUGAUUCUUUGAAAACUUGAAGAUUCUCUCUUUCGAUUCAACCUUUUACUCAUUUUUCGCUCACAAGAUCUCCCUCUUUCUCACUCUUUUUUCUGGUAUAUUUAUAUUUUCCCUCAAUAAUCUUAACCAUUGUCAACUUUGUUGAUUGAACUAUGUGCUGUUUGCUUGUGUCUAACAACAACUUUGUUUUCUGGUUGAACAAUGUUUAACCCAAACUUUUCACUUUGAAAAUACAGUCAUAUGGAACAUUUAACCAUCUUAUUUUAAAGUUUCCUUUUAGUUCUAAAAAUCUGGCUCUCUCGUUUGCUUAUUGGUACUGUGCACUUUUGUUUUAUUAGUGUUUUGUUUUUAUCUGAAAACAACGAGGAAAAGGGAAGCUUGUCUGGAUUAAACCUUUAAUAAACCUGUUCUCACCUUUUUUGGAUCGACUGUUGUUUUAAUAUCAAAUAACUGUUUUGAUGAUCCAAUUUUCAACGAAAUGGUAUCAAUAAUUAGCAAAGGUGCUGAUAAUUUGAACUCUUUUCGUUCAAUUGUUCCUAAAAGAAACGAUAAAAGCCAUUCUACAACCAUAUCCACUAGUUUUGUAAAAAGUGAAAAUAUGGAUACAAAUUUUGUUAAUGUUUUGAACAGCAAAUCAUUUAAAUCAUCGAUACCAUCAUCAUCUGUUUUAUCAUUAGUUAAGAACUAUUCUUCAAGUAUAAAUGAUAAAUCAACAUUCAAUCAGCUGAAUUUAAUCAACAACAACAAUAACCGUAAUAACAACAAUAAUAUUUGUUACAAUAAUAAUAAUGUUAUUAAUAUGAAUAACCAACAACUACCUCAAAGAAAUGAUAAUAUGAACCAUCAUACCAAAUUAGUUAAUAACCAGAAAAAAAGAUAUUCCUGUGAUCAAUGUUCAUAUUCAACUGAUAGACGAGAUCUUUAUCGGAGACAUGAAAAUAUUCACAGAGAUGAAAAGCCAUUUCGUUGUUAUGUAUGUAAUAAAAUGUUUAACCGAGCUGAUCAUGUUAAGAAACACUUCCUUAGGAUCCACAAAGGUCUUGAAUAUAAUGUGAAACUAAUCAAAAGGAUUAACGGCGUUGAUUAUACUGCAUCAAAUGGCAAUCAUACAACCAAUGGACCGCCAAAUACCAACAAUAAUAGUAUAAACAAUUCCAAUAUCGCUUCCGAUAGUACACUUUUAAACAAUAACAACAUGAUUUGUGACAACAACAACAACAACAGCAAUAAUAAUCAUUAUAAUCAACCAUAAUGGAGUUACUAAUUUAGAAAGUCAAACCAAUGGUUUAAAAAGUUUACCAACGUUUAAUCUCGCUUUGUGGAAUGAAGAAUCAAAUAGAUUACUUCUUGAAAACUACAGUUCGCAAUCCAAGUA